GAGCCCCCCAAAGAGCCGCGUGGCGCGAAGUUAGCCCGGCGCCCCGGCUGGCCGUGGACCCCGCCUCGGCCAUGGGCGAGCACCCUAGCCCCGGCCCCGCAGUGGCCGCCUGCGCCGAGGCGGAGCGCAUCGAGGAGCUGGAGCCCGAGGCCGAGGGGCGGCCGCCCGCGGCGCCGGAGGACUUUGACCCUGGGAACACAGGCUAUAUCAGUACAGGCAAGUUCCGGAGCCUCCUGGACAGCCACAGCUCCAACCUGGACCCACACAAAAGGGAGGUGCUCCUGGCACUGGCUGACAGCCGCGAGGAUGGGCAGAUCUGCUACCAGGACUUCGUCAACCUGAUGAGCAACAAACGUUCCAACAGCUUCCGCCAGGCCAUCCUGCAGGGCAACCGCAGGCUGAGCAGCAAGGCCCUCCUGGAGGAGAAGGGCCUGAGCCUGUCGCAGCGCCUGAUCCGCCACGUGGCUUAUGAGACCCUGCCUCGCGAGAUUGACCGCAAGUGGUACUACGACAGCUAUACCUGCUGCCCACCGCCCUGGUUCAUGAUCACUGUCACCCUGCUGGAGGUUGCCUUUUUCCUCUACAAUGGGGUGUCCCUGGGCCAAUUUGUGCUGCAGGUGACCCAUCCGCGUUACCUGAAGAACUCUCUGGUUUAUCACCCCCAGCUCCGGGCACAGGCUUGGCGCUACCUGACGUACAUCUUCAUGCAUGCUGGGAUAGAACACCUGGGACUCAACGUGGUGCUGCAGCUGCUGGUGGGGGUGCCCCUGGAGAUGGUGCAUGGAGCCACCCGCAUUGGGCUUGUCUAUGUGGCUGGUGUUGUGGCAGGGUCCUUGGCUGUGUCUGUGGCCGACAUGACUGCACCCGUCGUGGGCUCUUCCGGAGGGGUUUAUGCUCUUGUCUCUGCACAUCUGGCCAAUAUCGUCAUGAACUGGUCCGGCAUGAAGUGUCAGUUCAAGAUGCUGCGGAUGGCUGUGGCCUUGAUCUGUAUGAGCAUGGAGUUCGGGCGGGCCGUGUGGCUGCGCUUCCACCCAUCUGCUUACCCGCCAUGUCCUCACCCCAGCUUCGUGGCACACCUGGGUGGCGUGGCUGUGGGCAUCACCCUGGGCGUGGUGGUCCUGAGGAACUACGAGCAGAGGCUGCAGGACCAGUCGCUGUGGUGGAUCUUUGUGGCCAUGUACACCAUCUUCGUGCUGUUCGCUGUCUUCUGGAACAUCUUUGCUUAUACCCUUCUGGACUUGAAGCUGCCUCCACCCCCCUAAGGGGCUGAAGGUCAAGGCGAGGAGGGGAGGAAGAAGCAGUGUCCAGAGGGGGCACCUGCAUCUUUUUCUCAUCAUCAGCUUGAUGAGGCCAGAGAGGAGAGGCUGGAGACUCUGGGCUGCUGUGAUAGUGGGGUUCAGAUUUGGACAAACAACAGAGGCUUUUUCUGAAAGGCACGAGUGGGGGAGUUGGAUGUGACUUUUCUAGGCUGCUCAGAUGAGAUCAGGUCAGUCUGAAGGCUGAGAGGGUGAAAGUAGCCAUCCCCAAGGGCUGGGCUUGUUCCACGGGGUUCCCUGGGCUCCCCUCUCCCUGCCACAGACUGAGCAGCAGCUUCUUCCUCAUCCUCCACCUGGAGCCCUUAACAGACAUAUAAGGAAGGUGUGCAGACACCACAGCCAGGCAGGCCUUCCCUAGCACAGGGACAGUGGCAGGCCAGGCGCUGUUCUUGCCAUAGCUUGGGACUGAGGUUCUGGGAUGGGGGAGUUCAGGGAGACUUCCUAGCCCUGCCAGUGAGGCCCAUGCUGAGAAGAACAGGGAGAUGCCAUAGACUCCAGGCCCCUGGCCCUUCUCUUGCCAUAAGGGACCAGUGACAGGAAUCUAAGUUGAGAGAAAAAACUUCAUCCUGUUUCCACCCUGGGAAAGGUACCUACCAACCUUGGACUUUUCCCUCCUUUUCAUCCAGAAUGCUGAUGUCUUAAUACCAAUACCCCAGCCGCCUCCAUGCCCUGCCUUAUGCCUGUCUUUUAGGAAUGAACAAGGUGGUGGUGGUGGUGGUGGUGGUGGUGUGUGUGUGUGUGUGUGUGUGUGUGUAGGACAAUGUGAAGCAUGUGGAGCCUGUAGAGGAGGUAUGUGGGUAGUGGGGCGUCAGUGCAAAAGAAGACGCAAGGAAAGGAAGACACAGUACGCUGUGGCAUGAUUGCUGAGCAUCCUUGGUUUGACCAAAGUUCGCCCCCUUUAUUCCCCUCACUUUCCCUUCUGGAUGCCUUCCCAAGCAUCACUGGUGAGCAGGAAAGUGGUCCAUACUAGAAGGAGACCCUGGGCCCCAGGAGGGUGCCUGCGAUGCUGAAAGGAAACUUGCAGCUACAUUUUGCUUCUAUUUUUUUUUUUUUUUUUCUUGAGAUGCCUUUCCUUUCCAAAUCUAUCCUCUUUUGCCUGGAUAGAAGAAACCUUUGUGGGGGGUGGAGCGAGCAGAAGAAACCUCCUGGAGGUCUUCUGGGAUGGAAGAGAAGCUGGGGCAGGAUUACUGAAGCCAUGUAUCCAUUGAGUUGGUACGGUGGCUGGAAGAGAUAGCAAAGGGAAUGCUAGUUUAGGUAGAAAGCUUUGCUCCUGAGGAGACUCUUCCGGGCUUAGCCGAAUGUCAAAGUGAGGAUAGCCUGUAAAGAGACUCAGAUGCUUAGGGCUAUGAGGGAGCUUGGAGGUUUUUAAGGUUCCACCCCCACUUCUCAGCAUAAGAAUGAGAUUGAGAGAAUGACCUCCCUCCAGCUACAUCCCAGCAAUGCCAGGUGCCAGGACAGGAGUCUGCCUCUGCCCCUCCAAGGGAUGGCACCACUCAGAAUUGUACCAGCAGGAGGUGCCUGACUUUUGACAAAACACCAAUCCCUUUAUACUGUGUUUAGAACUCUCUACCCCUGACCAUACAGAAGGACAAAGAGCCUCAGGCCUAGGAGGCAGAGGGGUGGAAUCAUGUCGGGGCAAGUGUGCAAACUGCCUUGCCCCAGCCUUGUGCCCAACAAAGCCCUUAUGUGUGGAGAGGCCGACAAUCAGCUGCACCAAGUGUUUGGGGGUUUGGGGUCACUGCGGCAGUGAUUACAUGGACGUGGGCUAAGUCUCUCGACUGAGGAGUACAGCCAGUCACUGCCAAGGCCUUGCUCACCUUUGCCCAACAUUCACUAGAUAGUUUCGUUCCCCACACGUGGCUCCUAAGACUCUGUUGUGCUUGUGUCAGUGCUGUGAUGAAGCCUGUCAGCCUGAGGCAGUGCAGCCCACAGCUCUGCUGAGUUGUGUCAGCCUGAAGCCUCGAAUCUGUGCUGUUCUCUGCCCUACUGGUGAUGUGUAGGUGGGAAUGGUGAUACGUAGAGGACUCUUAAGAGUCAGGAAGGGAGACUGAGAAGACCUGGGUGUAUUGAGAGGGAACAGGACUUUGUGGCCUCUGAACUGUGGCAUCCACCACCAGAAGAACAGAAGCAUCUGGAAAGGGGUGAGAAGGCAAUGGAAGAUUCUAGAAAGCCCUCAGAGAAACACCAGUUGCUUCAAGCCUUCGGAUGAAAGCUUGUUACUGGAAAGACCACCGAAGGCAGGAUUCUACCUCCCACCCUGUUAAGUCUGUCCUCUGAA